GGUGUGACAUAAGGAUAGACCCACAGAGUGCCCGAAAUUACUAUGCCACACUGAUUCCGACAUCGUUCAAGCCAAGUUGAGCAGCACGCAUCGACUGGAUGCUGUUCAGAUCUACGGGUGACAGGUUGCGACCUCUCUCUUCGCUCUGGGUCGUUCGAAGGAGACAGGAUCGAAACCGAGAGACCUUUCACAAACCGGAUGUUGCUCCUCCAUAUACACCCAGAAUUAUCAUAGGUAGGGGGUCCGAACGUACACGACUCUCACUCCAAGGCGCACCCAUUGACUCUUCCGAUGCCAGCUUGUGCUACCAUGCUGCAGACCGGCGGUGCAAUACGCAUCGUAGAUGACCACCCUGCCAUUCGCUCAAUCACGGCGUCCGCCUGUGUCCUUUCACGACACAAACUAGGCAGACUGAGCGGUGUGCCAUCAGUGGUCUCCGAUGUCACAACUGUUAUGGGUAUAGGCGCAUCGAAUCGUCACCGGGGUGGCGCCAGCGCAGCGUCCGGCAGUAUCGCAAAUUCUAUCCUACCCAGUGGUAGCGAAGACGCGGGGUGUGCGGCCUGCGAAACUAGACGUGUGCGCUGGUCGCCGGUGAAGACCCCAUUGUUCGGUACCAAUAGGUGCGGUACUCCGACACAGUCGACGGCCAACAAGGGCAUCGAGCGUUUUGAGACAGCCUGUCGAGACACGCCACGCCAUGUGGGAAGGCGAAGGUUAACAGCGAGCUGGUACAGGAGGCCAAAGAUGGGGCUUGCGGUGUGCGUAAGGCAGAUGAAUGACGCUGGAACGACGUUGUCACGACUAGCACAACAAGCACGACAAGCGCAACAAGCGACACGGCGAACUCAGCACUUGGGAGCCAGUGGGAGCGAGACCACAUCAUGCCGUUCGUCGCUGCCGUCCCCUCGAGUAUACUUGCUUUUUCGGUGUCUGACCCCUGCUCGAACCGGGUCAAGAGAAGGAAACGGCAAUAGACGCGAUCACCUAAUCAAGAGCCGCCACCUUCGAGCUCAACCGCAGCAAAGCAACGGGAUCAGACAGGUAUACCAAGCCGCUGGUAGAGUGCCGGCUGGCCCCAGACCACUUGCUGGGUUUAGCUCGGUAGCGGAGCUUACUGCCGCUCAUCCCCACACCGGUUUCCACUCUACACCUAACCACAUUCCCUCUUGCUUGUGCACCAUGUUACACCCAUAAUUGAGAAAUGAGGGAGAUCUCUUAGAUUUGGAAACUGGAUGAAUAUGAGGAAAUUGGAAAAGUCGAGAGGUCUAUCAUGGUCUUUUCUUGGAUAUACCAGGCUACAACCCAGCUCUGCAGUCCUCACAUAAGAAUUUGGGCAGACUCACAAAACGCAAGAACGACAAAGAGUCCAAUUGAGGAAAGUUG